UGGCAUUCAAAGCGUGUGUACGGCUAUGCGAAUGCAUGUCGCUUGUUAAAAGGAUUUACUACUGAUUAACUAAAAACACAGGCCCUACACACAACAGCAAGUGUUAAUAAAUAAAAAAUAAGUCAUACAAAGUGCUUUCAGUGAUUUACCAUAAAAGAAGGCAACGCGUCUAACUAACGAUGACAUCCAAGCCGAAAUUUGAUUUCGAGAAGGAGGGCCACCUGACCAUUGGCCAUGUGGAUGAGAACGAAAUAGAUCGCGUCGCCGAAAGCUUCAAGGAUCGCAGCCUGUUCAUCACGGGCGGCACGGGCUUCCUUGGCAAGGUGCUGGUGGAGAAACUGUUGCGCUCGUGUGGCGAACUGAAGCGCAUUUAUCUGCUGAUACGCACCAAGAAGGGCAAGGAUCCGCAGGAGCGCAUUAAGGAUAUAUUUCAGAAUGUGUUGUUCGACCAGGUGAAACAGCUGCGCGGCGAGCAGCGCAUAUUCGACCAGGUGGUGGCCAUAGCCGGAGAUGUGAUGCUGCCUGGCCUGGGCAUCUCCGAGCAGGAUUUGGAGACGCUGCGCAAUGAGGUGUCCAUUGUGUAUCACUGUGCCGCCACAGUUCGCUUUGAUGAGCCGCUGCGCAAUGCCGUGUUCAUGAAUACACGCGGCACCAAGUAUAUGCUGGAGCUGGCCGGCACGCUCAAGCAUUUGGACUUCUUUGCCUACUGCUCGACGGCCUAUUGUCAUUUGCAUGUGAAGACGCUGUACGAAAAGCCGUACGAUCCGCCCGCAAAUCCUCACCAGGUGAUUCAGGCCUGCGAAUGGCUGUCCGAUGAGGAGGUGUCCCUCAUUGAGCGCAAGAUUCUGGGCGAUAUACCGAACACCUAUGCCUAUACCAAGUCCCUGGCUGAAGCGCUGGUCGUGGAGAAAUUUAACGAGUUGCCGGCCGUCAUCUUGCGUCCAUCUAUUGUCAUACCCAUUUGGAAGGAACCCAUACCCGGCUGGACGGACAAUAUUAAUGGACCCACGGGUCUGCUGAUUGGCGCCGGCAAGGGUGUCAUACGCACCAUGUACUGCAAUUCGUCCGGUUACGGUGACUUUUUGCCCGUGGACGUGGCCGUCAAUGGCAUUUUGGUGGCCAGUUGGCGUAAUAUUACAGCUGGCACGGAUCACACGAAUCGUGUCGCGCACAUGACCUCUUCCAAUGACAUUAAGGUUUCCUGGGCAGAGAUUAUCGAGCUCGGUCGUUGGGUUAUUGAGAAUAAGGUGCCCUUAAAUGGUGUGGCCUGGUAUCCGGGUGGCUCCAUGAAAUCCAACUAUUGGGUGCACUACGUCUGCAUGGUACUCUUCCAAUGGAUGCCGGCCUUGUUUGUGGACGCAUUGCUAUUGCUUUUACGCUAUCCGCCUGUACUCUGUCGUGUCCAGAAUCGCAUCUACAAGGGCUUCGAAGUGUUUGAGUACUAUGCCAAUAAUGUGUGGAGUUUUGAUAAUUCAGAAGCGGUUAAAUUACGCAAGCUAAUGAAUAACAAGGAACGAAAAACAUAUGUUAUUGAGAAAAUUGAUCUGGAUCUGAUAGAUUAUUUCACCAACUGUGUGUUGUGCGCGCGUCGUCUGAUCCUCAAGGAAUCGGAUGAGUCUAUUCCGGCGGCCAGGCGACACAUGAAAAUUAUGUGGUUCGUGGACAAGCUGUACAAGGGCAUGUGGCUCUUUGGCAUUCUAUAUAUGCUCUACAGAUGUUUCUUUGCCAGCUAAACAUCGUUCCCCUUUAAGUUUAGUUAAGUGCUUAAGACCAAAACUGCUCCCCAGCCGUUCGUUAUGCCGUAUUUGUUACGUUUUGUUAUGUCUUUAAGUCUUUUUUAUUUUAGUUGGUGCUGAUUAGCUGUCAAAAUCUAUUUGUAAAUGUUUAGCAAUAAGUUUUCAAAAUGCAGCAAAUAAAAC